AUGUAUGCUCAUAGGAAUUUCAACGCUGACAUGAAGGCCGUGGGCGGUUUUAGCGGCUAUCCUGCUGCGUACAAGCCGGAUAGACGUCAAGCAUAUCCUCAAGCUAGAAAGUACUGGAGACCAGCCAUGCAGGUUAGAUCUCAGGCUGAAGCUACGGCUCCGCAGUGCCAGGGAGCUGGCUACGUGCAAGAAAAUCAGCCUCACCACCCGUACGUUGGUCAGCAGGCCUAUGGCCCACCUGCUGGAGUUGCCAACAAUCCUAGCACUGUUAAUGGAAGCGUUUUGGCCCAUCCUUUCAACAAGAUGUCUCUUCAGAGCCAGGCAAAUGGCUCCAAGCCCUUUCCUGCCAAAGGUGGUAUGCCGAUGCCCAAUGUUGAUAUGUCUGGUAUCCAGCAUUAUGGACAGUACAUGAUGGCCCCUAAUGGGCCCAUGUUUGGUGGCUACACUCCAGCACCGCAAUUUGGACAGUUCCCGAUGCGUGCUACUGAUCAAGGUAGCUCUCUCCAAUGUAUUCCUCCUAAUUUUUUCCCCGGCUUUCCUAUUAACCCUCCCUUUACUCCGGAUUGUGUAUCUGGGUACCCCUGGCCGUAUUAUCCAAAUGGUGAUUUUCCAAACCACGGGAAUAUUCCCCUUGAUCCACGGACCUCUGUUGACGAAGUGAAUACAGGAAGCCCCAAUAUGGGCCUAUCUGGACCACCACAGGAUUAUUACCCUGGUGCUGCUCCAGUUGACCGCUCUUCCGCCCCGGGUUAUAUGUAUAACAACCCUACACCUCAGCAGCUUCUUCCCUACCAAAUGAUGAAGUCUGGUUCUGGUUAUGUCCUCCAGGACCUGGAUGCCCUGCUCAAACAGGAGCCUCCUAUCCCACGUGCUGUCCCCGCUAUGUGGACUAACCCUUCCGAUCUAACUCUCGCAAAGUGCCUUGAGAAUCGUGAAGGUAUUACUAAUGUCUACAUCCGUGGGUUCCUCCCGGAGACCACAGAUGAGAUGCUGCAUAACUAUGCCUCACGUUUUGGCAAGAUUGACAGAUGCAAAGCCAUCAUUGAUUUGGAGACUGGAUUGUGCAAAGGGUUUGGUUUUGUCCAAUUCUUUAGCUUCGAUGCCUGCGAGAAUUGCAUUCGAGGAUUCUUCCACCUUGGGUACCAGGCUAGCUUUGCACAGAAAUCUCGCAACUCCCGUCUUAAGGACCUGGAAGACAAGAAUUCCACAAACGUUUAUUGCACUAAUGUUCCCAUUGACUGGGCUGAGGCAGACCUUCGUCGUCACUUUGAACCUUACCAAGUCGUAUCUGAGAAAAUCAGCCGAGAUGAAAAGACUGGAGUUAGCAAGGAAGUUGGCUUUGCUAGAUUCGAGACCCGUGAAAUUGCCGAAAAGGUCGUGCAGCAAUUCCACAAUGUUGUUGGAAAGGAUGGAGUAAAGCUCCUCCUGCGCUUUGCAGAUACCAAGGCUCAAAAACAGCUCAAACAUCAAAGCAACGAGCGUCGUGCUUACCGUGCCGGAGAGUAUAACUACUCAGUUGAGCUGGUUAAUAGUGCUACUCCAUCUCCGAGCCUCCAUCGUCUACAGCAAGCCGCCUCUCAUUUUAGCCCAACUUCUCAGAAUAGCUACCCCUCUCCAAUUGGAGGUGUUGGACAAGUUUGGACUCCUGCAACAUCUAUUUCUCCACCAAGCGGCCCCAUGAUGAACAAAUCUAUGAACGGGAUCCGCACCGGCUCAUGGGCAUCCCGACGACCUCAACUCAAUGCUGAGACUACUCCAAGCGCUCGUGGAAGAUUCACAGUCCAUAGAAGCCCUUUGGCAGAUGAUCUCUCUAGCUCAUCUUCGACUACCGUCCUACCACUUCCACACAUGAGUGGAAGUAAAUCUGAGAAUUCUAGUCCCAUGAAAUCGAGAGCCGCAAAGACGAGCAUCAUGUCGCCAAUCCCCUCUCGGAAGGAUAUCAUUGUUUCAACUCCACGGUCAUCCUGCUAA